AUGCUCUCGGUUAAGCUCUUAUUCAUGUACUUUGGUUCCAUGUUGUGUCGCGUUGUCGGCGGCAUUCAAGCCAUCGGACUGUUCAUCGGCACUUUCUCGUUAUGUGCUAUUGCUAUAGACCGCUAUUUCCGGCUAGUCAUUGCUCCAGUGUACUUGAAAGCCGUUAUAUUAUCUGUGCUUCCGAUUACAUAUCUCUUGCUAACAGCUUGGGAGAGGCAUUUAUUGAUUUUAGGAAGUCCUCUCCGGAAAAUGAAUGCAAUUCGAAUCACAAUUCUUCUCUGGAUCAUCUCAAUCCUAGUUACGUUACCUUAUGUGUAUCAUAUGAAAAUGAAGAAAUAUACGGCAAUAAACGUGUGUGGCGAAUUUUGCACGGAGAAAUGGCCUAAUGUACAUUCAAAACGGAUCUACACGCUCUUCGUGCUUGCUAUACAAUUUGUGAUUCCAUUCACGAUUAUGACUAUCUGCUAUCAAGCGGUCUUCGCAUUCCUUCGUCGACGAGCACAAUCUCGACUGACUUCAAUCGCACAACAGGCAAAUCUUCUGUAUGUCGUGGCUGCUACAGCAGGUGGUGACACGCAACAGCACAAGGAGCAGUUGACUCAUCUAAUCGAGCAAAAGAAACGAGUAAUGCAGCAACGACGACGAGUUACCCUAAUACUGGUGUCAAUGGUGGUGAUCUUCGGGAUUACAUCACUGCCACACAACAUCGUCAGCACCCUCAUGGAGUUCACCGACAGCCAAGAUCUUCUUGCCUACAAUGGCAACGACUACACAUAUCUCCUAAACCUCAUCACACAUUUGUAGGU